AUGGCACCUUCGGGGAAGAACAAUCAGGAGAUCGGCGCAGAGCUGGCACCAACAGCAAGAUCACAAGCAGGAGGUCGCCGAAGGUCUCCGACUACCCCGCUGAAGGCCUCGACUGCACCAUGGCAUGGGCCAAUCAGCCACUGCUCUCAAGGGAAGGCAGACACCACAUGGACGGGGAUCAUGGCCAGAGCAGUUGAGCAAGCCGAGCUCAGUGUCGACCCCAAGGUUUGUCAGUGGGCCAUACGGCAAUUCCCAAAUGCUGGCACCGAUAGACCGAUAGACCACAGACGAGCUUUGGGCACGGCACCCUCCCCAUGCCCGCAGAAUUCCCAGAAGCAGAUCCGCUUCGUUGCCUCCCAUCAUGAGCAUCUGAAGUCCAACGAGAGCCUGCUGGAAGACCCAGACGAUGACGUACCAUCCUUGUGGGAGGUGUACCGCUUAGUAAAUUUCUCCCAUCCGCUCAUACGAAGCGCAACAUGGGGCAACUUCCAAAGGCGAUGCGCGAUCGCUGCUGUCCUAUCGCGUGAAGAGCGUGGUGGAUGGCGCGAUCUGCGGCUGGGAUACGGGCAAGAGUUGCAAGUACGGUCGGCGAAGACGGUGGAGCGGCUUCAAAGGAUGCAACUGGAGCCUGCAACCGAAAUCCUUUUGGGAAUGUGGGGAGGUAACUUUUGGAAGAAGGCUAAAAGUUGCACAGCUGCUUCCUCAUGUGACGUUGCGCUGGAUGCGGCAAGCUGUUUGGAGGCUCUUGAUUCUGUGGAUUCGAAGGGUGCCGUGGGUGGGAGACGGGUGGGAGGAGGGCAACAAGCUUGGUGGUUUCGGGAGCGAGAAAGUAGUUUGAGCUUCUUGCUCUGCACAGCCUUGUGGCAGGAGAUGAUCGGAAGUGCCGUGCAGAGCGAGUAUCGCAGCUAUGCCAAGUUCAUCACCAAGACAGGCUGCAACAGCGUGUCGUCCUGCAAGGAUCGUGUCACCGGCGGCCUAGAUGAGGCUUGGAAUGUUGUCUACGAUACCAUGCAGAAUGCCAACUCGGGCAUAGGUUCCUUGAUCGCACGGGGUACCGAGAAGUUCGGGGACUCCGCCAAAGUUCUUAUGGCUAAUGCCAAGAAGAACACGGGGACAACAGCUACAAGCGAGGUACGAAGCUUCUUUAACGGUGUGGUCGGCCAGUUUCAAAAGCACGACCUGGGCCAGGUCUGCACGCCGUCGGGUGUGGGAUUCUGGUAUUUGGUACCUACGGACUGCGGCUUCUUCUCGAAGUUCGGAAACGUGUUCAACAGCCCUUCAGCCGCCCAGAGCAACUGGAACGAGGCCGUGGAUCGCCUCCAGGAGUGCGUGAUGAAGACUGGCGCUUUUUCUUUUCCCACUCCCUUUCUGGACUUCCGUGUCAAUUCUUUUUGCCUUCCGACUGUGGUUCAGACUCCCAUCGAGUACAUCCUCGGCGUGUUCAAAUUUGCCACAAACACCGGCGCCAGCCUCAUCAGCCACUUCGAAACGAUUGCCGCAAAGAUCCAAGGUCUCAUCAGCUCUUCAGGAUUGAAUUUCAAUCAGACGCUAGGCAGAGUGGCCUACGCGCAAACUUGUUGUAAACUGUUUGAUGAUGCCCGUGGCUUCCUUAUCUUGCAGUCAGAGAGCAGCGGCAGCUGGCACUGGCCGCUUCAAGCACUGCUGUUGCUUGACAAGUUUGUGCGGGCUUCAACACGGGCCUCCUACGGGGACCCUUGGCAACUUGCGGGCUGCUUACGUGCCACUUACGUGCCACUUACCACUUACGCGCCACUUACGGCCACUUACGUUACAGGAAGCGUACAGUGCUCGAACUCGGUCUUUGGUGAUCCCUACUCGGGCCAGGCCAAAGAGUGCCAGUGCGUGGACUUCUCAGAGAUUCCUUGGUCUCGCUGUGCAUGUCAAGAAAAGGGCCAUCCGACCAACCCAGACUGCCUGUUGUCGAAUACAUGCCAAUGCGACGGCAUGGUGCGUUUUGGAUAUGGUGACAAGUGGUACAUGCAGCCUGUGUCAGGAAGCACAAGUUGCUCCGGCUCUAUUUUUGGCGAUCCAUACCCAGGCCAAGGAAAGGAGUGUCAUUGCAUGAACAGAAAUGCCGCCCAGGACAAACUGUCGAACACAUUUGGCUUGCAAGUCGUUGCUUGCUUUGACUGGUCGUUCGUGGCGUUCACCGUCUCUGUGUGCGUGGGCCUCCUUUUCGGCGAAAAGGAUGGAAACCCGGUCAUUCCGAACCUGGUCAUGGACAUCGAGUUUGGUUCCACCUCCUUUGUGCAACAAGCCCUAGAGGCAGCGGCUCCUGAAACCGGCUUUUCGCUCCUGUUCGAGUACAAGGAGGAGUACCCUGCCUUCCUGCCGGCGAGCGAACCUCGCUGGGGAGUCUCCGCCUCCGUGGACGUGCAGUUGGAUGUCGAACUUGAAGGCCUGGCCGAAGUGGGAGCCGGCGUGGGUGUGUCCUUCUUGCCAGACCCAAAUGCGGCGAAAGGAUACGUUCUGACGCUCGCCCUUGGCCAAGACGAGGCUGGGGAGGAGGCGAAUCAGGCGAAGCCAGCGACCCUGCUGGACCGAAUGCGAAGCGAUGCCCAGGAUGCCAGGACGCGAGCCCGCCAGGACCCGGCCACGGCAGAGCAUGCAGAGACCGCUGCGCUCCUGGCCGCUGUCAGCCACAUGGCCAGCUCCUCUGACUUCGAUCGGAUGUUGCAGAGAGCCGUGCCGAAAUCCGAGCAGCUCGUUCAAGCCAUGGCCUCUGCCGCCCGGAACGUCCCGCCAAAACUGGACGUUUCAGUUUCAUCUGGAUUGGCUUUCUCGUUUUGCCUCACGCCUCCGAAAUGUCAGGGGCAGUGA